AUGUGCUCGUCUACCACCGCUGCUGCCUCCGCUGCUGGGUCGUCGCCCUCACCGCUGCCCGCGUCCCCCGCCGCACGCACCAACACCCACACCGAGCUCGUCUCGGACUGCAUCAACCACUCCUCGCCCCAGUGCUGCCACUGCGGCUGGCGCGGAGCCCACUCCCCCAACUGCCCCUUCAGUUGUAUUCUUGCAUCGCAUCUUUCACGCUCAGCUUUCGCCUUGCAUCUCUCUCGAUCUCUAUCUCAUGUCCCAGCAUUUCGUCUUGCUCGUCUCGCUUUCAAGUUCCUCAAGCCCAAGUUUCCCCAUAUCCUGCACUCUAUCUAUGCUAGUAACGCCUCCCUCGCCCUCGCCCUCGCCUCGACCCGCCUACCCCGUCUGAACCUUUCACCCUCUCGACUUUUUCAUAGCCCUCCGACUCUUCAUAUCCUCCGACCCUUUCAUAACCCUUCGGCUUCGACUUUCACCCUUCACCCUCACCUCUAUCACUUCGCCUUCCCCUUCUCGACAUGGGCCCGGUCCUGCCUAGUCCCAGCAUCCCCAAGUUCCACCUUCCACUUUCCACAUCUAUUUAUGCACCCGCCGUCGCCAUCGCCCCACGUCGCGUCCGAGUCUCGCCUCUACCACUUACCAUCACCCCGGACGACGAAGUUCAUUGAAGAUCCCUCGAAUUUGAACACCGAUCUGACUCAUACGCCGUCGAUCACACCUUUCGUCAUCGGCGUCGUCAUCGCUUUGUCCUCGUGUCCUUUCGCGUCGUCGGUCUCAUGA